AUGGCGAAGUUUCUAUGCAAGAUAUGGAAUAAGGAUAGAUCGAAGAAAAAGGCAUUCAUGUGCGAAGCAUCUAUAGAUCUGAUCAUUCAAAAGGCAAAAGGGUACUCUAUCGAUGGAAACAGAUUGGUUAUUGAAAGUGACGGAACGGAUAUAGAAGACGAUGAAACGCUGCAAUGCAUUUUAGAAGAAAAACAAGUUUUAAUAAUUUUAAACAGCGCAGAAACCUGGAGUCCCGGUAACGUCGUUUCAGAUCCCGUACCCCAUCAUUCAAUGACCAACAUUGAAAAUUCAAGCAGUGCUUUAGAUAACAGAACAGCAGUACCUACACAAACAUUUCUCAAUAUGCCAUGCACAACCCCAGGAUCAACUGACGAAAGUAUUUUUAUUGCGCUUUCGGAACCGGAAAAUAUUGGCCAAAAUUUUGUGGUAACACCGCAAUCUGUCUCCGCAGACACAAUUACAAUAACAUCGGAUGAAGAGUUUAUUACAAUGUUCAGUCCGAGUGAUAAACUAAACACAACAUUCCAACAAACUCCGACAGAUAACAAAAAUCGUCCAGAUUGCGAUAGUUUCCAAAAUUUUGAAAUACCUUGGAGUAAAAUGCCUCACGAAGUUUUAAAGGUCCUAAAUAAGAAAGAAAAAAUUGGAAAAUUAAUUAAUUCUUUUUGUAACGUAAUAGUCGACGAAAUACGACAAAAAACUAAUUUCAUACCAAUGAAUGUAUAUAGAAAUAUUGCUCAUAUUGCCGCUACUAAAUACCCUGAUUCAUUUGUUGAAAAAGAUGGAGAAGGGCGCAUUAUGUCGUACACACCAAUUUCACUUGUUACAACAAUGAGAAAUCGUAACAAUUUUUUAAAUUAUAGUUCAAAGGCAAAGAAGAGUAUAAUAGAUAUACCAAUUAAGAAAAGAAAGCAUUUAAGCGCCUUGUCUAGAAGCUGUGCCCAUUGGCAACCUGACAUUUCUGCGGAAAAAUGUAAUGAUGUGGAUUAUAAAAAACAGAUAUUAAUAUCCAUGUACCACAAAAAAACUUUACAUCAAUCAGAGCUAGAGACGGCAAAGACAUUGAUGUCCAGCUGUUUUGCCACACAGAGAGCAUUCUUCAACGAUGCCGAAAAUAUCCCUUCCGUUAAAGAUAUUUUAAAUAACUGGCCAAUGAUAUUUCACAAAGAUUGUCUAUUUGACCAUUUCCAAAAACUGAUGGAUUUAAAUAUAAAAAUAUUUAACGAAAAUUUUGAAAUAUCAAAAAGCAAAUUUAAUACUUGUUUUAACAUUGAACACACUCAAGGCGCCAACGGCAUUGUAGAGGCCAUAUGUAAUUAUUUUAAGGAAAGAACUACACUGCUAUAUAAAGAAUUUAAGUUUGGAGCAACGAUGGAUGAUAUAAAACGUGAAAACGAAUCGGCCACUCCAUGGGUUUCCAUAAUUUGUACAUCCCCCACUGGAGAUGAUGAACAACACAUUGCAUACAUCUGGCUAGAGGGCGAAAUUACAAGCAUAGAAACUAAUAGUAAUUUAAUCUCUUUAAUAUUGCAAUUACUUUGCUAUUAUUAUAUAUUUAACAUAGAAUAUCCUAAAGAUAUAUCUCAAAGUUGUGAAUUUUUUAUGAGAUACCUUUUUAAAUUUUACCCGUGUCAC